UCCGCUGUAUUAUUUUGUGGUUAUUUUCUGCGCGCGCUAAUGCCGACUUGCAUGCCGGCGUUGCGUUUCGUUUGGAAAAAGUGGAUCUCUAGCUGGCAUUUGGAUAGCUAAGUGACUCCGUGACCCACAGAGGCACCAGCUUGACUGCAUAGAUAAGCGUGACAGAUUACCGAAAUACUAAAGCGAUGCUAACCCUACUAAUUCGGCUGGCGGCGACGGCCAUACCUGUUUGUGCUAUUCUCUUUGUGGCCGGCACGUUUCUGUUCAAGGUUUAUAUUAGCAUACGAUCCCGCUACGACGCCCGUGUCAACUGCUGGUUCUGCAAUGGCAAUGUACGAGUUCCGUACCAGGAUCGCAACAGUUGGACCUGCCCGUCAUGCGAGCAAUACAAUGGAUUCACCAAGGACGGCGACUACAACCGGGAUAUUACGUCGCAGCGGGACUGCAGCCUUGGCUCCCAAAAGAACAGCUCCAAAGGCAGCUCCAGCAUCUGUGCCAACUCAUAUUAUUCCGAUGUCCUGACUGCUCAACCUCCUGCUCCCAAAAACGGCCUGUGCGACCAGUGCAACGAGGCGCAGCGCCUGAAGGUCGAGAAGCUCUCUCAAUUCGAGCCCAAGAACGAGUCCCGAUUCGAUCAGGAACUAAAGGUUUACAGAGAACGACUGGAGAAGCAGUUUCGCCUGUGUAGCAGCUGCGAACGACAUGUGAAUAAAGUCCUGCACGAGAAGAAGAAAAUGGUGUUGAGCUCCAAGUUCUUGAACUAUAUCAUCAAGGGAGCAUCGUUGCUCAAGCAGCCGCACUUCAACCGAUUGGCCGCUGCCCAAAAGCAGUUUAAACUGCAGCGAUACCGCAUUCUGAUGACCAUCCUGACUGUAGUCAAUAUUUUGUGCCUGCUCUGCCGGCUGCCGAAUGCAACUUCCAUUCAGUUUACGACUUACCUUGGAAAAUUCAUUGGGCUAACCUUGUUCUACGCCUACUCCCACGUGCUGGCCUUAAUUCGAGUGGUGACUUCGAGCGUAGGCAUUUUCCUGGAACAGCGCGAAAUGAUAGCCAAACUUUUAUUGUAUGGCCGUACCUUUGGCAAGCUCUUGCUGUAUUCGCUUGGCAUAGGCCAACAGCAAGUGCAGCAAGCAACCUUCGCAUCCUGUUUUAUUGGGAUCUACCCAUAUGCCAUGCUGGCCCUGUGUUUCCUGCACACGAUAUACGACGGAUUGAAAUUUACGCGAUUCACCAUUGCUCUAUUGUUAUGGAGUGGGUAUGCCAUGGGUAUCGAAUUCCUGGAUCCUUACAUCAGUGGAAUAUCCUUUAUACUGGUGGGAAGUUUUGUAACCCUUGUUUUGUUGGCCACCAACCGGACCAAUCUGUUGAGCCAAGUGAAUCGGGACGAGUCUGCCUGUGAGAGCUUCCAUCGCCUCUGUGCGGACGAAUGCGAUGAUGAAACGCUGAGCAUGCUCAGUCAGCAGUUAAGUGGAUACAGUGAUAUCAGCAAUAGCAAUUUGUCCAUGCGAACCGCCUCUGUGUGCCACUCACCCGCCCCAACGAUUUCCCAGCGAACAAUUCAGGCGCCUGCUUCUUUGCUGUCCCUGGACUCGUUGCAUCUGUCGAAGCAACGGAUGGAACAGCAGGCUUGGUCCUCGAACUAUGGAGAUGCCUCUACAGUGGUUGCCCCGCGUGUCCAGCCGGCGAUGAUGUUUCAACAGAAACCCAUGAGACCAUUAGAGUCCCAAUGGUAUCGCCAUGGACAAAGUAACCUGGCCCAAGGCAAUACUUUCACUAGAUCCACGCAAAAUCUUUUGAUGCCAUCGCGUUUGCCGUCCAUAAACAGGAACGUCGGCGGAGCUGAUGUAAGCGCCUGGGUGGCGGCCAAUCAAAGUGUGAACCAAGAUCUAUGCACUGCCAAUCUAAUGAGACAUUACGAAGAGAAACAGCAGAAUCAACUUUCCCGCACUUCGUCACAAUCUUCUGGAUUUGAGUCGCAGCCACGUCCAGAAGCCCAAUGCGGAACAGGUGCUGCAACUGUAAGGGACUACGGCUGGUCCGAAGCCCGUGAGAGUCAGCGAAAUUUCGCAGUUUUUCCGCCAAUGCCGUCACCUACACCCACAAUAACGCCUAGUGAAUAUCAAUACUCGAGGACUGCUCUUCCGCAGCAACAGCCAACUAUGCAGCCGGGGGAUUUACUUAGGAAGUGGAUUGAGAUUAACUCAAAAUCCUCACAGCCAAUACACUAAUGUGAUGUGAGGUCAUAAAUAUCUAGAAAAACUUAGAAAAAAUUCUGGAAAAGAUCACCGCCAGUUGGGAAAUUAUAUAAAUUUGACUUAACUUAAUUAUCAAAUAAUUUAUUUUUGACUUACAGUUUUUAAGCUUCUUUAUUCUACUAAAGGUUAGUCCUCCCUUUACUUAUAAUCGACUAAAUAAGUAGUGUUUAGCUAGACAUUCUUUAAUCUGUGUAGCUCUAAGUUUCGUGGUUUUCAAUAUAGAACUUUUCAGGGAAUUGAAAGUCAGGGAGUAAGAUUAGAAGGUAAUAUAAAUACUACUUGAUUUUAAAGGGAGAAUAAAGCUUUGGUAACUAAGUUAUUUAUUCAUUG